CGUUCAACAAAGCAUACGUCUAGAAAACUUACUACAGGACAAGCCUCACACGAAAAGGAAUAUAGAGAGGUGACUCAUAUAUUUCCACCAUUUUUACAUCGACCUUCAUAAGGAUUAGUCAUCACAAGUUUAUCAACUGAAGUUGAAAAAGUUUUUGGACUGAUAUUAUUACAAACUUUUGUUAGACAAUGGAAGUUUUGUCCGAGCGGACAUUUUAUCCAGAAGGCAUCAUGAACAAAGCCGGAGACGCAAACGUGAAUAGUUUGAAAAGAAAAAUGACAUUAGACUUUAAUUCUUCAGGAAAAACUAAACAGCAGAAGAUACAAAACCUGCUUGCUUCUCCUGAUUUGAACAUGCUGAAGUUGGCCUCUCCAGAGUUGGAAAAGUUCAUCAUUCAAGCAAAUGGAUUUGUCACAACAACGCCGACACCAACACAGUUCAUAUUUCCAAAAUUCGUGACAGACGAACAGGAAUCAUUUGCUAAAGGAUUCGUCGAGGCAUUAAACAAUCUUCAUGGGAAAACAGGACAAUGUUUAAAGGCUGAAUCCUCUUCGGAUUGUGAAAGCCAAAGUGACUCUGUGUCUAAUGCCAGUUACACGUAUGUACCUCCAGACUAUGUUCUUACCUCAGCUACUACAACCCUCCCUGGUGGUUUAUUUACAACUAACACAUCUUCUGCAGCAAAUCAUUCAAUAAAAUCUCUGCCUGCCCAAAGAGUUAGUUUGUUACGACAGGAUGAAGAACCCCAGACCGUUCCUUCAAUAGCAACUAGUACAACUGACAGUUUUUCAGUGUCGCCAAUAAACAUGGAAAAUCAAGAAGUUAUCAAACUUGAAAGGAAACGUGCCAGAAACCGUGUGGCUGCAAGAAAGUGUAGAACGCGUAAACUUGAAAGAAUCUCCCGACUUGAAGAUCGAGUAGAUGACUUGAAAGGACAAAACUGUGAUUUAACAGCACAGGCAAAUUCUCUCAGGGACCAAGUUUGUAAACUAAAGAAAAAAAUCAUUGACCAUGUGAACAGUGGCUGUCAAAUCAUGAUUUCAAGCACAAAUAUUUUCUCUUAACAUUUGAAAGAAAUGAUCUGUGCCUUGACAAUGUGUUCAUAUGGAUGUUAUUAUAUAAAAGUGCCAAUCACGUAUUGUUUUUGCAUGUUUUGAUGAUAAUUUUGUUGCUGACAUUCCGCAAUUUAAACAUUUUGUCUCCUGCAUCAAAAUUUCUAUCUUGCAUGUUUAAAUGUGAUAAUUUCAUUUAGUCAUUAUUUCUGAGGUUAUCAUGCAAAUGUCAUAAUUUUAUAUAUAUAUAUUAUUUUCUACAAAACAUCUCUGGUCCUUGUAAGCACCAGUGGAUGCUGUUAUUUAUAUUUUGAAAAAAAAGAAAAAACCAUGAAUAAAAAGUUUAAAAUUUAA